AUGGCGGCUGGGAAAGGUCUGGCCUGCACCCAGGAUCCCUGUGUGAAUGGGGGCACCUGCCUGGCACACCCCGAUGGGAGCCGCUCCUGUCUGUGCCCUCCCAGCUUUGUGGGGGAGUUGUGCCAGUUCCAGGACCCGUGCCAUCCUGGGCGCUGCCUGAAUGGGGGCACCUGCUUCCCCCAGCUCUUCCACCCCUCGGAGCCCCCCAUCUACACUUGCUCCUGCCCCCCAGGGUUCACCGGGGACGAGUGCCAGGGGGCCGUGGGCGACCCCUGCUUCCCCUCGCCCUGCCAGAAACGCGGCACCUGCCAGCGCCUGCCCAGUGCCCAGUACCGGUGCCUGUGCAUGGAAGGGUGGACAGGGAGGAACUGCCAGCUGAUGGAUUUCUGCCCCACCAACCCCUGCGCCAACGGGGGCACCUGCCUGCUCACCUACCCACACAUCGUGUGCCAGUGCCGGCCCGGCUUCGACGGCCACACCUGCCAGCACGACAUCAACGAGUGCUACCGGGACCCCCGGCCCUGCGCCAACGGGGGCACCUGCCUCAACAGCCUGGGCUCCUUCCGCUGCCUCUGCCCCCCCGGCUUCUCCGGCCCCCAGUGCCAGCACCGGGCCGGGCCCUGCUCCGCCGGGCUGUGUCUGCACGGCGGGACCUGCCGCCCCCUGGCCGGCGGCUACCACGGCUGCCUGUGCCCGCCAGGGUACACGGGGCAGUUGUGUGAGGUGAACCCCGAUGACUGUGUGGGGCACCACUGCCGGAAUGGGGGAGCCUGCCAGGAUGGCGUGGGGACGUACUCCUGCCUCUGCCCCCCCGGCUGGAUGGGUGAGUACGGGGCCCCCUGGACUGGCGGGAUGAGGACAUGUUGCACCGACCCCCACCGCCACACCGGCGGCACCUGCCACAACCUCCCGGGCUUCCGCUGCGUCUGUGUCAACGGCUGGCGCACCAAGCGCCCCAACGUGGAUGACUGCGUCUCGCCACCUGCUUGCCCUGGCGCCUGCCUCGACCCGGUGGCACCUUCUGUGCCAGUGCCCCAGGGCGCACAUGGGGCCCCCUGCGGGGCAGGCAGGGACGGGCUGGCUUUGGGGGGCAGCAGGGAAUGGGGCAGGGGCCUGUCCUCUGUAGGGGGUGCUGAGCGCGAUCUGGGUGCAGCUGGCUCUGGGUGGGGGCGUCUCUCACCCAGUCUGAUGCCCCCAGGGCUCCUGUGCCACCUGAGCGACGCCUGCCUGAGCAGCCCCUGCCACGCGGAGGCCUCGUGCGACACCAACCCCCUGACGGGCUCGGCUGUCUGUGUGUGCCAGCUGGGCUACACCGGGCCCACCUGCCACCAGGACCUGGACGAGUGCCAGCUGGGUGAGUGGGGGCCGGGGCUGGGCACACCAUGCGAGCACGGAGGACGCUGUGAGAACGCCAUGGGCUCCUUCUGGUGCCGCUGCCCAGCCGGCUACACGGGGUCCCGCUGCGAGGCCGACGUGAACGAGUGCCUCAGCCAGCCCUGCCUGCGGGGGGCACCCUGCCUGGACCUGCUGGGCCGCUUCCAGUGCCUCUGCCCCCCCGGCUUCCAGGGGCCCACGUGCGAGCAGGAGGUGGAUGCCUGCGCCAGCCACCCGUGCGGGAACGGGGGGCACUGCCAGGCUGGGGCGGGGGCCUUCAGCUGCCACUGCCCCCCUGGUGAGAUAACCUCAGGGGCCCAGCGGGGGUUGGGCAUGGACUGGGAGCUGGGGGGGCCGCGCUGCGUGGAGGAGGCGGGAGCCUGCGCCAGCGACCCCUGCCAGGGGGGCACCUGCCUGGAGGUCGUGGGCGGCUUCUCCUGCCUCUGCCCCCCGGGCUUCUCGGGCCCCAACUGUGCCCCCUGGAGCGACGCCUGCAGCCAGCGGCCCUGUGCCCAGGGCACCUGCCAGACCCACCUGCAGGGUGCUCUGUGCGUCUGUGCCCCCGGCUGGACGGGCCAGGACUGCUCGGCCGAGAUCGACCCCUGCGAUUCGGGGCCCUGCCCCCAGGGGGCAACCUGCCAGCCCCGGCCCCAUGGCUACACCUGUACCUGCCCCCAGGGGUUUACAGGUGUGACGUGCGAGGAGGAGCUGGAUGGGUGCCGGGGGGGCCCGUGUCAGAAUGGGGGCACCUGCCAGAACAGCCCCGUGGGGUACCUCUGCCUCUGCACCCCAGGGUUCAGCGGGGAGCGUUGUGAGAGCGACCUGGACCAGUGCACCCCCAGUGAGUGGGGAGGGCUGGUGGGGCCCAUCAAUGCCACGAGGAGGCGAAUCGGUGCACCGCUGCUGGAACACGGGCCACUGCCUGCCGCCCGGGGGGCUAUUGACGUCAUUCAGGGUUACAGCGGUGCCACCUGUGACGUCCAGCUGCCCCCCUGCAGAUCCCACUUCUGCCACCACAAUGGGGUGUGUGUCCAGCACCUGGCUGGUCCCCGCUGCCUCUGCCCGGGGGGCUACGGGGGCCCCGACUGCCUCCAGCCCCGUCCCCCGGCUCCCUGCCCCCCCGGCAGCUCGGCCUGCCCCCAGCCUGGGGCAGGGGGGCCCUGCAGGGAGCUGGCCGGGGACGGCAUCUGCCACCCAGCCUGCAGCUCCCCCUCCAGCGCCUGGGACGGGGGCGACUGCUCGCUGGGGGUGCUGGAUCCCUGGGCGAGGUGCCCGGAGCCGUGCCAGCUGGGCUUCCGUGACGGGCGCUGCCACCCCCAGUGCGACAGCGAGGCCUGUCUCUACGACGGGUACGACUGCCGGCCCCCGGCCCCCUGCAGCCCGGCCUACGCCCGUUACUGCCACGACCACUUUGCCAACGGACACUGCGACCGGGGCUGCCUGUCCCCCGAGUGCGGCUGGGACGGGGGGGACUGCGCCCCAGGGAGGGGCGGGACCCUGGGGCUGGCGGCCGCCCUGCCCCCCCGGGCCCUGCCUGGCCUUGUAACGCCCUGGCGCUGGCCCUGCUGUGUGGGGCUGAGCCCCAGCGCGCCCCCGGGGCCGGCCCAGGCUCUACCCCUACACGGGGCGCGAGGGGGCCAGGCGGGGGCAACCGCACCGGCUGGCGGCCCCCCUGGAGCCCCCUCUACCCUGCCCCGCCCUCCGCCUCACAUCCGCGCCCCCAGACCGCCGGAGGGGGAGUCGGAUGCCGUUGGGUCCGUCGUGUUCCUGGUGGUGGAUGGGUCCCACUGUGCCGGGCGCUGCCUGACAACCCCCGAGGGCGCCCGGCGCUUCCUGGGGGCUCUGGCCGCCUCCAACGCUCUGGGGGCGCUGACCCCCCACCCCCUGGCGGCCGUGUGGGUCGAAGAGGCCAGCAGCGCACCCCAACGCCGCGCCGCCGGGACCCCGUCGGGAGACGCCAUUGGCUUGAAGCCUCUGAAGCUGGAGCCCGAGUUCGAGGAUGACGGGCAGCCGACCCCUCAGCAAAUCGAAGGAUAUUGGGUGACCCUGGCUGGGCUGGGCGACCCCGGGGGGCCAGCCAGUUACCGCACUUCGCACUGGAGUUGGGGGGCAUCGCCUGGCGGAGGCUGGGACCCAAAGCUGGGGCGCUACGGCGGAGCGGCGGCCUGGACGCCCAGACGGCCGCGUCGGGGGAGGACUGGGUCCCUGCACCUGGCCGCCCGCUUUGCCCGGGCCAGCGCCGUCCGCAGCCUCCUGGAUGCCGGUGUCAGACGCGCCAACGAAGACGUCCCUGCACUGGGCUGCGGGCUUAGUGAUAAGCCCGGGCCGCCUCGCCCUGCUCCAGAGCCGGCGCCAGCAAGGAUGCCCAGGCAACGGGCGCAGACCCCGCUGUUCCUGGCGGCCCGGGAGGGCAGCGCGGAUGUGGCGCGGCUCCUGCUCCGGCACCGGGCGAGUCGGCAGCUCCCGGACGAGCUGGGUCACCUGCCGCGAGAUGCUGCCCUCACCCGCGCCCACCACGACCUGCUCCGCCUGCUGGAUGGGCCCUGCCUGGGCCCCCUCCUGGAGCAGCCAGAGCCGCCCGCCCCCUGCCUCGUGCCCCACAGGCCCUGGGCUCCCGGCCAAUCGGACGGCACCCUGCUGCCGUGA